AUCGCGCAUAUCGUGCAAAAUCGGACUGGAAGAACAUUAUGGAAUGGGCAGGUUGAAGAACAUAAAAGGCGUCAAGAGCCAGCUGCUCUCUUAGCAUCUACAACUCCAUCCCUCAUCCUAAUCUACAAGCCUCAAGCCUCCGAUUACCCGCCACCAUGCCUCAGGACCUCAAGAACGCCCACUACUCCUAUAACUACCUCCAUGGGUUGAGGGAGAAGUACGAGAAGUCGGCUCAGGACAUCUGCCGCGGUAUGACCUUUGAGGACGCCCUUGCCCAUGUCAACUCCACCGGCCGCACAAACUUCACCCGGGAACAGCUGGAGGCCUUUGACACCAACCAUGACGGCAGCAUCAACUUUGCUGAAUACAUGGAAUUGAUGCUCAACAACGACAAGGAGCUCGCGUUCCGUAAUGCCAAGUUCAUCGCUUAGAUUGGGAGGAUCGGCCGGCUCUGUAUAUAGGUCGCCAUAUAGCAUGAAUAAAUGAUUAUGAC